AUGAUCUCGGAUGCAUGGAAUGAUGUUUUUACCACUACAAUAAGAAAAUAUUUCCACCACGCUGGAUUCAAGGCUUCGUUAAACGAAGAAACAGAGAAAGAAAUAGUAAGUGACAAUAAUUUGGACACAGAGUGCUUUACUAAAGAAAUCUUACAGAGUUUUAUGGAGGUUGAUGAUGCUUUUUUGACCAAUGAAGAACCCAAUGAGAAGAAAUUGUCUAUUUUGAAUGCAAAUUAUGAUGAAAGUGAACAAGCUGACGAAGAGAGCAAAGAAAUCGAAUUUAAAGUAUCGUCUAUUUCGGAAAUCUAUUUUUAUAUUGAUCAGGUGCGUACUUUUGUUUCGAUAAACAGUGAUAUAUAUACAUACUGUACGCAUUAAACAAUAUUUCUAAUUUUGUUAAAAAAUCUUAUUCAAAUUAUAAACAAACCACUAUAAUAGAUUAUUUUUCAAAAUAACCGUAAAUAUAUACUGUAAUAUGUAUUUUUAUUAAAUAUUUAAAAUACCUUGAAUUUAAAAUAUGUAAUCUUAAAUAAAAUUAUAAAGUAAAAAAUUUGUUUUAUAAAUCAAUUUUUCAAAAAAAUUAAGUUACAUUUUAUAAUCCGGAUGAAAUAAAGUUUGGAUAUAUCGAUCAGAAUCCCAAGGACAAUUAAAGAUCGAUAUAAGCGACUUUGACUGUAUAUAAUAAGUGCAUAUUUUAGUGGUUAGGCUUUUAAUUAAAAUUAUAUUUUAAUGUAUUAUUAUAAUUAGUAAUUGAGUCUUUCGAAGUUUACAAGGUUUACACUGAUAUAAAGUAAAGAUGACUUCACAGAUAUUUUUAUGUUCAUAGCUACUAUAGGUAUCAGUUAUACUUUAACAAAUAUAAUUUAAUAUUUUUAUAUUAUACACCAUUCAAUUAUAUUAUUAUCAUUAAUUCUUUUUGUGACAAUAUUUAAACAAUAAAAACAUUUGAUAAUAUUUUAUAAAAGCAAAUAUUUACUUUUAUUUAAUGAUUAUUAUUUUUCAUCAUGAAUAUUUAGACGAAGCGCACACCUAGGUGGUGGUGAGUUGUGCGACUCNGUUUUUUUAAAACAACAAAUACAAUUUAUUAUUUUAUAUAUAUUUUUAAGUCCUAAAUAUAGUCUUUAUAUAGCAAUUAUGUUGAGUUCAGAUGAUGAGCAUUCAGCAUUAUCGUUGUUGCUAAGUAAUAAUGAAAUAGAAAAAACAAAACUAUUGGGUGCAACCGUACCAUAA